AGAAGAAAUUGUAGUUUAAAGAUGGCGCUAGCCGGUGUUUUCCUCGUGCGUUUAAGAACGCUGUGCCGUUGUGUUAAAUGCGUUCACACCGGAGCGAAAACUGCUUCAAACUGGAGCACGGACAUGCGCUGGUAUGGGACCAAAGCUCGACGCUUUCCGGAACAUGGCGUCUCGUACUUUCAGAAUAAAGCAGGUAGUGAUACUUCAAACCUCGUGAAGGAGUUUCCAGACCCCAAAGGUCUCCUGAACAACACAAUUUCAAGGUCACUUGGGGUCAGUGACAUCUCAGAGUUCGUCCAGUAUAGCUGCACGGAGCAUCAGGGCGUCAAGAGAGCCACAGUCACUCUGCUGUGGCCCUGCAAGAUCCAGAAGGAGGGCUUUGCCUCCAAGAAGACGGAUGCGGAACGCUUUGCUGCAGCUGCUGCCUGUCUGGAGCUGAGAGAAAUUGGUGUAAUUGGUCCAAACAAUGAGCUUCCCAGGAGGAGAGCCGGUCGUGGAAGAGGAGAACAUCCUCUCCUUCAUGACAGAGAGGACGAACCGUGGAUGGAUGGCGAUUCUAGAACUCCCGCAGACGAAUCGUUUUUGAAGAAAGAUGAUUCUUUUAAAGCCUCUGAGGCUCUUUCCAUGUUUCCUCACUCGAAAUCUCUUCUGACCAGAGUCAUCCAGGUGGCCACAACAUCCAGCAGAAUCAGGGAGCUCAUGCAGUUCAGGACGUCCGGCGGGAAUCUAAAAAGGUGCGACUUGACUCUGCUCUGGCCUGAGAAGAUGGUGUUCACAGCCACAGCAAGCCGCCGUGUGACUGCAGAGAGGAAAGCUGCAGCUCUGGCCUGCCUGAAGCUAAAGGAGCUGGAGCUGCUGGAUAAAGAUAAUAACCCGCUGACUCAUGCCAAGUACCAUCGAGAGAAGGUGAAGGAGGCAGGAGAGAGGGAGAGGCGUCCACUUCCUCUAAGAAUCCCAGAAGACCUCGAGGAAAGCAUGAGGGAUUACCUUUCACAGUACCCCGUGGCGGCAGAAGUCCAGAAUCUGUGGGAGGAGGAGGACACCGAAGGUCAGCUGAUUUCAAAUCAGGAGGAAGAGGAGCUGGAUGAAGACGACAUCCUGACAGACGCCAUCACCGGCCGACGGUACAGACCUCUGUCGGAGCACGAGGCUCAGCGCCGCAGCCUCCACCUGCUGGAGGAAUGGGAGCGCGCCGACCCGGGGCUGAGCGUGGCGCUGCCCGUGGACGAGCACCGUCAGCGCGUGAUCUCGGCGGUGCGGGCUUCCCGCGUGGUCGUGAUAGCUGGCGAGACCGGGUGCGGUAAAACGACUCGGAUCCCGCGCUUCCUGCUGGAGGAGAGCGUGAGGGACGGGGCGGGGGCGGACUGCAACGUCCUGGUCACGCAGCCUCGUCGGAUCAGCGCCGUGUCUGUGGCGCACCGCGUCGCUCAUGAGAUGGGUCCGGCGCUUAAACACCACGUUGGAUAUCAGGUCCGACUGGAGAGGCGACCGCCGGAGCAAAGCGGCGGCGCCAUGCUCUUCCUCACAGUGGGAGUCCUGCUGAAGAAGCUGCAGUCCAAUCCCACCCUGAUGGGAAUCAGCCACGUGGUGGUGGACGAGGUCCACGAGAGAGACAUCAACACCGACCUGCUGCUGGCUCUACUGCGCUCGGCCUUGGAGGAAAACGCCGACCUGCGCGUGGUGCUCAUGAGCGCCACCGGCGACAACCACAGGCUGGCCCAGUACUUCGGAGGAAGCCCCAUCGUGAAGAUCCCGGGGUUCAUGCACCCGGUGAAGGACCGGUUUUUGGAGGAUGUGCUGAAGGAGAUGAGGCGUCCUCCAGUUCACCAGAACGACUCCAAGAUGGACAAACGGGGAGGAGCAGAUGAGGCGACACCAGAUCUGGAUUUAGUAGCUGAUGUCAUAGAGCACAUUGACAGAAAUGAGGACGCUGGUGCAGUGCUGUGUUUCCUGCCCGGAUGGCAGGACAUCAGAGCCGUCCAGGACAAACUGGAGGAGAGGCCUCACUUCUCCUCAGGAUCACACAUGAUUCUUCCACUGCACUCCAGCUUAUCGGUGGCCGACCAGCAGAGGGUGUUCCAGCGCCCCCCAGAGGGACGGAGGAAGAUCGUGCUGGCCACCAACAUAGCAGAGACGUCCAUCACUAUAGACGACAUCGUUCAUGUGGUGGACGCUGGGACUCAUAAAGAGCAGAACUACGACACACGCACAAAGGUGUCCUGUCUGGAUACAGUUUGGAUCUCGCGCUCUAACGUGACUCAGAGGAAAGGCCGAGCAGGACGAUGUCAGCCCGGACAAUCCUACCACCUGUUUCCCAGAAAACAGCUGGAGUCCUUGUCUCCCUUCCCGGUUCCUGAGAUCCUGCGCACUCCCCUGGAGAGUUUGGUCCUGCAGGCUAAAAUCCACAGUCCUAACUGCAAGGCUGUGGACUUCUUAUCUCAAGUGUUGGACAGUCCCGAUAAAGAUGCUGUGAGAGACGCCGUGCAAACACUACAAGAAAUAGGAGUCCUGGAUAAGACGGAAAGUUUGACUCCUUUGGGGGAGCGCGUUGCCUGCAUGUCAUGUGACCCGCGGCUGGGCAAAGUUCUGGUUCUGAGUGCCGUGUUCAGGUGUGUUCUGCCCAUGCUGUCCGUCGCUGCGUGCCUCACCAAGGACCCUUUCCACAACAGCCUGCAGAACAGAGCACCUGUCAGACAGGCCAAGGAGGCUCUGAGCUGCUCCAGCCACAGUGAUUAUCUGGUGUUCAGCAGAGCAGUUUUGGGCUGGAGGAAAGUUCAGCUGGAAGGGAACAGAGAGGACCGAGACUCGUACCUGGAGAAGUACACUCUGUCCAGAACAAGUCUCCGCUUCAUCAAUGGCCUGAUGUCUCAGUUCAGUGAGAACCUGCUAGAAGCCGGCCUGGUUUCUCGGGCCAACAACUGCCAGCGUCCGGCGUCUCUCUACAACGAACACAGCGGUCAGGACGAGCUGCUCAAAGCUGUGCUGCUGGCUGGACUUUAUCCAAACCUCAUCCAGGUAAAGAAGGGCGUGGUAACCAAAGGAGGGCGGUUCCGACCCAACAACUUGUCUUUCCGUACUCUCACUGGACCGGUGUUGCUGCAUCGCUCCUCUGUGAACAGGGGGAAUGAAAAUCUCCCCAGUCGCUGGUUGACGUUCUUCAGUGCCGUCAAGUCUAACGGGAACGUUUUUAUCAGAGAUUCUUCCUCGGUUCAUCCUCUCGCCCUGCUGCUCUUCACAGACUGUGAUCUGACGGAGACAGUGAGCGGGGACCGAGUGGAGGUGUCUUUUCCUGGACGCUCCCUGAUGCGCCUCGAGCUGUCGGUGGACACCUGGGAGCUGCUCUGGGAGCUGCGCACCUCCGUUCAGACCAUGCUGUACCGAAACCUCAACAACCCCGCAGACGCACGGACGUCUCAGGACGGGAAGCUGCUGUCCCUCAUAGUGGAGCUGCUGAACAGCACAGACUCCAAGUGUCUUCAUCACGGACUGAGCAGAGAAGAGGAGGUGGACUGAACAUUUUAGACGCGGUUAUGUUGCUGCUUUAAAAAGGAACCAAUGAGGAGAAAGAUUUGUUUGGAAGCACUUUUGAUCUUUGAAAGCCAUUAAUGCUUUUUGCAGUCUUCCUCUCUGCUGUUCAUGUAAAUGUUUAUGUUUUGUAUCAUUAAUAAGUUCAGAUUUUCAGAGAGAAAUUACGUUUUACUCCUGUGAGUAAAUAUGAAAUUUAUUAAACUAGAUUAUAUCAUAUUUAUUGCAAUAAAUGCAUCUGAUUAUCAGAA